GAAACUUACUGGGAAUGACACUGAGCUGGUGGCUUAUCUACAUAUUUGUUGCUAUUUUUCAAGAGAAAUUUGAACAGCAUCACAUAAAGCAAGAAAUAGACUUGUGGUUGCGGGAUGGAAUAGAUUCUGCUCCUGUUCUUUGUACAGACUGCUUGAGUCUUUUCCAAGACUGAGGACCAGGCUAGCGUGAUGGAUACAUCAAUUCUUUUCAUGUUUACCAUGGCAGCGGUUCUGAUGCUGUGUGUGGUGGUCCUAGAAAUGUGGCUGAAGGGCAGACGUCAGUCCGGCAUUUUGACCUACUGGUAUGCAGGUUUCGGUAACCUCUGGCGCUACUUUACCUGGUGCAAAGACUCAAAAGAGGAGGAAAACACAUUUGAAUCUCAUAGUUUCCGUGUAAAAGACAACAGACAGGACUCGACCUCCUUGUGUACAUCCCCCAACUGCAUCAGGUGUUCCAGGAACUUAGAGAUUUUGUCCACGGCACUGACACGGCUCAGCUAUUACAUCACCAAAUCUCCUAACACCGAAGUGCAAGGGGACCAGUCAGCUCAGAAUGAAUAUCAUUCUUUAGUCGCUGAUAUCAAAAAGUCUUUAGAUUAUGCUAAGAAUCGGGAGGGGAAGGAAAGUGUCAAGAGUCUUAUACCUGACUCGGUGUCGGAAGCAUCUGACUCAAGUUCUGUUUUGAAGUCAAUGCCAGUUGAGUCCAGUUUGAGACCACUCGUGUUGCAGUUGUCAGGACUGAGGGAACAAGAGUUCUGGCCCCACACAGAGUUCAGUGCCUUGAUAGCACUGCGGCAAGCUUGGAAACAUAUCAUGUUAGAAUUUGUACAUUUGUACAAAAGUCCCUUUCCUGAAACUCAGAGGUUGUGGAAAACUAAUGCAACUGUAGACGGUACAUGGGAGAUAGCUCAGUUAGUUGAUCAGGGGAGGACAACCAAGGCUGCGGAGUUCUGCCCCCUCACCAUGGAUCUUCUGAAACAGAUCCCUGACUUCCUGUCUGACUGUUACUUUGGCGAUGCUUCGUUCUCCAUAGUGCACCCUGGGACGUCGAUCGCAACGCACUGUGGAUCAACCAACUGUCGAAUCAGAUGUCACCUUGGUUUACAAGUGCCUCAAGACCUGUGCACUCUCACGGUAGGAGAUCGGAACCGUUGCUGGGAGGAAGGGGAGAUCAUCUGUUUCGACGAUGCUUAUCCUCACUCAGUCCGACAUCAUGGUGGAGUGGAGAGCGGAUUCCGGGCCGUGUUCAUGAUAGACUUAUGGCACCCAGAUGUUAGCCCAGCACAGCGAGAAAUGAUCCGAUACGCCUUUAGUCCGUGAUGGUUACAGGGAGGAAAUGAGAAGAUUAUCGUUGAUUAAUGCCUUAUUUUUUGGAAGUAGCAGCUUGUUUGCUAUUGGUGCUUUUAAGUUUUCUAACAGGAUUAUGUGUCGCGAUGCGGUGGAAUCAGGCGCCGGUCAAUAUUUAGGCAGAUGGAGUUAUUUGGUAUAAUCUUAAAGCCUGGAUAUCUACCUUGCUUUUGUUGAAAAACCCUCCUGUUGCCAGGGGUAAAUUUUGUGAGUAAAUGGCAACCAAAGUUUGGUGACUUCCAAAGUGCCCAUGGAAACUGCAAAUUUACAUAUUUUGUGCCUUUGAUCAACAUUUUUCCAUAAAAUGCACACAGGAAUGUGUUUCUGAGGAAGCAUAAAAUAUUUUGACACGUGCCUGACUUCACCAGGAUGCCACACAUAUAUAUAUUUUAUAUAAUAAACUGUCAAAAUUGUCCAAAACAGCCAUCCAUGGUCAAGGAGAAAAGUGGUUGUCUUAAACAGAUUGACAUCUUGAACAGUUCCAUUUAAAUG